GACGCCAGGAGAGUCAACGUUUGCAGACAGGCGAGCAGCGCGCUUACUCGGAACGAAGCCCCUUAGUUGGCUACUGCCCAGGCUGGCGCGUGCCGGGACCCGAAGCCCGCCCCUCGCGCUGCUCCGCGCCCCCAACGGAGGCUGGCCGGGCCGCGGGGGCGGGUCUCGGUCCUCCCCCCUCUCCCUGGCUUUGAAGAUGGCGGCCAAGGUAGCGUCGCCCUGCCGGGCUUGGCGACUGCACCUCUGCUCAGGUCCCGCCUGGACUCUGGCCCAGCCCGGGCGAGCAGCGGCGCCUGCCCCGAGGCGCCUCUUCAGCAACGGCAACGUCCUGGUGGAGCUGGAGGAGAGCACAGGGGUUGCAGUGAUGAAGCUGAAGAAUCCUCCCGUCAACAGCCUCACCUUGGAGCUGCUAACGGAGUUUUCCAUAAGCCUGGAGAAGCUGGAGAAUGACAAGGCCUGCCGAGGGGUCAUCCUAACCUCGGCCCUCCCCAAAAUCUUCUCAGCAGGGCUGGACAUUACCGAAAUGCAUGGCAGAAGCACAGAGCACUACGCUGAGUUCUGGAAGGCUGUGCAGGAGAUGUGGUUGAAACUGUACAAGUCCAAUAUGGUCACUCUUGCGGCAAUCAAUGGUUCCAGCCCUGCUGGUGGCUGCCUUAUGGCUAUGUCGUGUGAUUAUAGGAUCAUGGUGGAGAAUCCCAAAUACAGCAUUGGACUGAAUGAGACACAGCUGGGUAUCAUUGCCCCUUUCUGGUUUAAAGACACAAUGAUCAACACCAUCGGCCACAGGGCCACGGAGCGAUCCCUCCAGCUCGGGCUCCUGUAUCCUGCGCCUGAAGCCCUCAAGGUUGGCCUGGUGGAUAAGUUAGUGCCUGAAGAGAACAUCCAGAGCGUGGCUGCUCAAGUGAUGGCUGAGUGGUUGGCCGCUCCAGACCACGCCCGCCAGAUCACUAAGUCUAUGAUGCGGAAGCCAGUGGUGGAGCGCCUGCUAAAGCAUCGGGACUCUGACAUCCAGAACUUCGUCAGUUUCAUCUCCAGAGACUCCAUUCAGAAGUCCCUCCAGAUGUACAUUGAGAUGCUAAAGCGGAGGAAAGCCUAAGCCAGGAGCUACUGGGCGGGUUAGGACAGCUCCAGCUCUGCUGAUCUAGAAACCUCAGUGCCUGUUUCUACCCCUGGUGCCUUUUGAGUGGACUUUAGAUCCUGGGGAAGAUGGGCAGGUUGGGCCUCUCUGUGCCAGUCAGGUAUUUGCCUUCUCUAAGCAAGUUAGUUUUACAGAAUGUGAACUGCCAAUAAAGCUGUUCCAAGGGGAA